UUCUUAAAUUUGUGAAAAUCAAAAUUUUCAAAAACUGAUUUUCCUGUUUAAAGGCGAUUUCGAGCUUUUUUGGUCAAUUUCUUUCAAAAUUUUGAAAAUUCAGCUCAUUUUUGAAUGUUUAAUGGCAAAAGCUUGCUGAUAGUGUUCAAACUUCUUUGAAUUCUCACUAGUUUUUCCUAAAUUUCACUUGAUUUUUUCUUCUAAGUGUGCGUAUGUUUUUAUGUUUCAGUGCAGUCAUGAGUGAUAAUAGAAUUAAAAAACUUUCAAAAUGUGAAUAGGAUUUAGUUCUUCAGCAGAAGAUCUCAUUUUGUUCUGUGGUUUUUCUGUCAGGUAAUUUUCAAAAAAAUUCAAGUUAAAUCCAGAAGCCCGGCAAGAAAAUGUCGGGGACGGAAGCCACAACUUUGAUGACGAGUCGGGAGCAAUUUACCAUUGCACCCGCUUCCUCCGCCGUUCAUAAUCCUCCGGCACCGGCGGGAUCGCAGGCGCACUUGGAUCAGUCUAUGCGCAUGGCCUACAGCACCGAUGGCAGUGCCACUGUGUACAGGCCCGAAGGAUCAUCCCCGCAGCCGUACAAUCCCGUCCCUACUGGCGUCGCCGCGGUAAAAAAUGCGACGAACUUGAACUCUGGCGAGCAGAAGCGGAAGAGGGGGCGGCCAAGGAAGUACGGGCCCGAUGGUAGCAUGUCAAUGGGUAUGACGUCAGCCCAGCGGCCCGUCGGUGUCUCCCCACCUCCGCCGACCAGUGGAACUUUCUCACAGUCUAUGGCUAGUCCAUCAUCUGUUGCAACUCCUCCACAGCCGCAGCCUGCUCUGGGCGGAUCGGCCUCGCCAUCUUCCAAGAAGGGGAGAGGCAGACCUCGUGGUUCAAGCAAUAAGCAACAAAAGGAAACUAUGGGAUCAACUGGUGUUGGAUUUACUCCGCAUGUUAUCAACGUGAAGGCAGGAGAGGAUGUUUCCUUGAAAAUAAUGGCAUUUUCUCAAAAUGGUCCAAGGGCCGUUUGUGUCCUAUCUGCAAAUGGUGCUAUCUCAAAUGUGACACUCAGCCAAGCUGCAACAUCUGGUGGAACUGCAACUUAUGAGGGGCGGUUUGAGAUUUUGUCCCUUUCUGGCUCAUUUAUGCUAUCAGAAGUUGGCGGCCAGAGAAGCAGAAAUGGUGGAUUAAGCAUCACAUUAGCUGGUCCUGAUGGAAGAGUUCUAGGAGGUUGUGUGGCUGGUUUACUAAUUGCUGCAUCCCCUGUCCAGGUAAUUGUUGGCAGUUUUCUAGCAGAUGGUCGCAAGGAAUCAAAACCGGCAAACCAUAUGGAGCCUUCAUCGGCUCCACCAAAUAUCAACCGGGGUGGUGCAAUUGGUGCCAGCAGCUCACCAUCGCACGGGACUCUCAGCGAAUCCUCUGGCGGGCCUGCAAGUCCACUCAAUCAGAGCACAGGACCUUUCAGUAACAAUAACAUUCAAGGCAUGCCAUGGAAAUGAUCUUCUGCACAAUACUAGUUGUGUAGACAGCAGUGUACUGUAAUAACUUUGUUAUUCUGUCAUCAUAAUAAGGACACCGGGCUUCUUUCCAUCUCGACUCUGGUAUUCUGGGAAGCACCCGAGUAGAGUUAAUGGCUUAAUCAUCUGGAACUUUAGUUUGUGCUUUGGCUGUUGUGGUAGUAUUAUCAAUAGUAGCAGUAGUUGCUUAUCAAGUUACUGGUAGUCAGUCGUCGAUUUUCUCUGUUUUCCUCAGCUAUUGACGUGUUUUCUUCAGUUGUAAUUUAUGACGGCCUUUGUUACACAUUCUCACAAUUUAUCCUGUCAUUAACGAAGUCACAGGAUUUGGCA